CAGGCGCUGAGCCCGCUGGAGGAGGGAUUCUGGGGACAGGAUCAUGCCAGGCCACCGGCCUUCCCUCAGCCCUGGGCCAUUAUGUGGCUUCAAAUCACAAGGAAGCCGCAGCGUCAGCACCUGUGGGAGCCUCAUGGAAUACGGGGGCUGCCGGAAAAAUCCCACCAGCUGCUGAUCUGCAGAGCCCGGCCGGAGGGCGGGAGGUGGGGCGUCUCCGGAGCCCACAGACACCCCCCGGCCCCCCGGCUGCAGGCCUCCUCGCCUUAGCCAGGACGUCCUGGGACCCACCAGGGGGGUCAGCUCCUCCUCAGCAUGGAGGGAGGGUCCUGAGACCCCAGGCGGCUCUGCUUCUGGGGCAGGGGCGCACAGGUGGGGUCAGUCACUCCGCGCACUGCAGGGGUCAGAGCCAAGUCUAGGAAGCCAUCCCAAACCCCCCAGGGUCAGAACCCCAGGGACCUCAGAGCUCAAGGUGGAAGGCAAAGUACAGGGGCCAGGGCAGAGCUGAGCUGACCCGGGACAGCCACAGAGGCUCAGGAGCACAGGAGAAAGGCCACUUACCAAGGGUCCCCUACCCUCUCUGUGCCUUAAUUGCUGCUUCGGAAAAAUGGGGGGAAUAACAGGAGCCAUUUCAGAGAGCAGCUGGGAGGACGGGGCCACACUGGUCCACACAGAGCCCCAGGGCAAUCCCGCGGGCCCCUGCGCUCUCCCUCGGUCCCCUUGGACGUAUGUAGGCUCCCGUCAAGUCCCAGGGACCAGAGGUGUGCUUCUGAGCCCCGAGGGGCUGGCGCUGGUCCAGUCUGGAACCUGGACACGGCUUCAGUGAUCCAAUCUGUGGCCUUGGCACCUCUGUCUUUCUGGGACCCUCUAAUGCCACCUCAUGCACUGGAGGCAGUUUAGAGCGUCCCUGGCCCACCCAGGGCGCCAUGAGCAUCGCCAGCUUUGACAACUCAAAGCGUCUCCAGCCUUGGCCCAACGUCCCCCCGGGAGCUGGCCUGGAAAGCCGGUGCAGGUUGCGGGAACCUGGGAUGGGCCCCAGGAGGAGCCACCCAGAGAGCAAGCUGCUUUUCUUGCAGGGAGGAGCCAUGGCGGGGCCCGCCCUCCGCAGCGCCCCCCUGCUGUUCCUCGUCCUCCCCGUGCUCCUGCAGCCCAGCCUGGCAGAGUCCCCCGCACCCGGAGCGCCUGCCCGGAGCCUGCCCGAGAACCUCCUGGACCUCCCUGCCCCGUGGACACCGCAGGCCAGCCACCACCGCCGCCGGGGCCCGGGCAAGAAGGAGCGGGGCCCGGGCACGCCUGGCCGGGCCCAGGAGGGGGCGGGGGGCACCACCUCCAGGCAGGCCUCUUGGCUGCCAGGGGCUGGGGGGCUGCUGCUGGACAAGGACCUGGUCCCGGGGCUGGCCGUGCCCUCCUUGGACAAGAAGCCCAGGUCCCCGGGGUGGGAGAGGGUGAAGAAACGCAGCAGGAAGCACAAGAGACGCAGGGACAGGCCGGAGCUGCACCGAGGCCGCGCCUUGGUCCGAGGCCCCAGCUCCCUGAGGAGGAGGGCGGAGCUCUCUGAAGACCCCUCCCUGGCUGCCGCCCCCGAGGAGUCCUCCACCAGCCUGGCGCCCACCAUGCUCUUCCUAACCACCCUGGAGGCAGCACCUGCCACCGAAGAGUCCCUCAUCCUGCCUGUCACCUCGCUGAGGCCCCAGUCACAGCCCAGGUCUGACUGGGAGGUGAUGCCCACGCUGGACAUGGCCUUGUUCGACUGGACGGAUUAUGAAGACUUAAAACCCGAAGUCUGGCCCUCUACCAAGAAGAAAGAGAAGCACUGGGGUCUGUCCAGAGACGGCAACGGAACAUCGCCAGCCCAAGGGCAGCCGUGUGACCAUCACCAGGACUGCCUGCCAGGGACCUGCUGUGACCUGCGGGAGCAUCUCUGCACCCCCCACAACCGCGGCCUCAACAACAAAUGCUUCGACGACUGCAUGUGUGUGGAAGGGCUGCGCUGCUACGCCAAAUUCCACCGGAACCGCAAGGUCACACGGAGGAAGGGGCGCUGCGUGGAGCCCGAGACCGCCAACGGCGACCAGGGAUCCUUCAUCAACGUCUAGCGGCCCGAGGGAGGCGCCUCCCCAGUGGCCAGGGGACCGAGUCCGGAGGUUUGGAGAAGCCGGGCAAUUUGUAACUAGCAUGCGACCAGAUGGCGAAGGCUGCAGUUGCAGGCUCAGGACACUCAGCCCCAGAGGGGGCCGCUGGGCCCCCUAGCUGCCUCCUCCCAGGAGACAAACCGCGGGCCUUCUGCACCUGCCCAGCCCACCCACGCGACCUGCACCUGUCCAGCCCACCCACGCGGCCGCGCAGCCCGCGCGCAUCCGGCUCUCCGCGAUGGCCACGUCGAGAGUGCCCUCUACUGUCCGUCAGCAGCACUGCAGGCGCCUCGAGUUCAUACCGAGGUUUUGGAGAGUGAAACAGACCUAGGACUCCCCCAGGCAGGAGAUGAAUCUGGAACCCUCUUCCGUACCAGUACCAGGCACGGUGCUAAGGGCUCCGUAAGCGUUAUCUCUUGGAAUUAUCCCUAUGACCUUGUGAAGCCUGCACGGUCAGCAUCCUGCAGGUGAGGACACCCAGGCUCCCUUGUCCAGGGUCUCAGAUCAAUGAUCCUCAAGCCUUAACAUAGGUAAGAGCCGCCCAGGGGUCUAGUUGAAAUGCACAUUCCCGUUCAGUAGAUGGUGUUGGGAGGGAAGGCUCUGAACUGUGCCUGGGCUAUCAAGCUCCAAGGCCCAAGUUCUUGCCCCGUCACAACCUAGAACUUGGUCCAGGUUCUCCCCAGCUUUCUGCAAGAGAGAUGCGCUCCCUGGGAAUUCCUUUCUCUGUGGCUGGAACAACUUGACUGUUCUCCACCUUCCCGGGACACAGGUGGAUUACCUUUAAAAGCAAGAUGACAUGGACAGUGAGCAUCGGCCUGUGUGUGAGGACGGCUCUGGGCAAAUUGGUGCCACAUCUGGUGUUGAUGUUCUGAGACAUGAAGUGUGCAUGGGGACAGUCACGUUGCUCUGAUGUCCCUGUGGUCUUACUCCUCAGCAUGUGGCAUGCACUUCGAAGGUGUCCUGAGAGCCUGUACCCCAGCGGUUCUGAAGCAAGCAUGGAGACACACGGGCACCGGUCAUCUGUGUACACCCACACUGCACACUGUUUAGUGAUCCCCGGUCACCCUGGAGACCAUCCCUGGGCCCCACCCCAUACUUCUGCAGCAGACCCCAUUGGAAGGUGAAAGUACCUCUGAGAUUGGGGUGCUCCCCAAAGGACCCCAACAGGCCAGGCCCAUGAUACCCACCAGCAGAUCUGCCUCUAGGGUGGGGACAACCAUUUAAAUCCCCCCACCUGGCAUGUCACUCCUGGCCAACUGUCUGGCCCAGGGCAAAUCAGGUUGCACAUGACCACACUGUUGGCCAUUCAAACCCCUCCCUGGCCUGGACCAUGGCCCUAGGGUGCCAGGGCUGUUUACCGCUUUGGGAAAAUCAGAUGGGGUCAAGGGUUAGGCACCAAGGAGAGAAGGCAGAUCUAGAAGAAAUCAAAUAUGCCUGUUCUCCUCUCCCUCUUCAAGGUUGAUAGGCAUGGGAAUCCUGGGGGCAGAAGGGAGGGCGGGGAGCUGACAGGGAUCAAAGCUGCUGGUUAGAAAGUGAAUCUGCCAACAGUUUUGUGUCUAAGACCCGACAAGCCCCACGCUGGGCGCCUCACACAGCGAGGCUGAUUCUGGAUUGUGCUGGCUCUCUGGGGCAAGAUCCCAAGGGGCGGCUUCUGCCAGAGAAUCCAGCAUUGCUAUGGCUGGAGCCAGGGUUAGGAAGGCCCAGGACAUCAGCAGUGGAAAACACAGACGGUCAGGACAAAGCUGAAAGGCUGCAGAAUCAUCGCUGCCUCCUCCGCAAUCCACAGCUGGAAAUCCCAGGCCCUCGUCUUUGCUCUAGAUACCUCCAUUUUUCACUGGGUGGGGGAGAGGGUGGGAAGGUGGAAUCCGUUUAACUCCCGAGUUGGGGAUCCCAAAGCCCCUCAAGUGUUUCAUUCACCUCUCUUCCGGGAAAGUUCUUCCUUGAGUCUACCUUUCUUUUGCUGGUACAGUAGCCAGUUUCCUCUAAUCCAGAACUCAGCAAAUGUUAACCGUGAAAGGCCGAAUAAAUAUUUCAGACUUUGCAGACCAUA